AUGGACGAAGAUAACAAAAAACAGUUAUGCCUUAUCGAUGAAGGCAUUAAUAGCCUUCACGAUCUGAAAUUAGAUCCUAAAUUGACCAUUUUAAAUCUACAUUGCAAUCGUAUAAAGCAGAUCGAAAAUCUACUCUUUCUACAUCAAUUAUAUCAUCUGGAUUUAUCUUCCAAUUCCAUUACACAAAUAGCCGGUCUAGAUAGCUUAGUUUCAUUGAGAAUCUUAAAUUUAGCUUGCAAUAAAAUUAAAGUUGUGGAAAACUUACAAAAUCUAAGGUUAUUAACCAAGCUAAAUCUAGCAUAUAACGAAAUUGACGAUGUUUCUGGUUUUCAAGACAUGGCUGGUCCAGAUUAUCGAAUCUCUCAUAUUGAUUUACGCGCCAACUUUAUACGCAAUCUGUCUCAUUUAAUUAACUGUAUCAGUAAUCUCUCCAAUAUCAGAGAACUGCAAUUUCAACAUGGAUCCGAAGAAUUAUCCGACAAUCCGAUGUGUAAACAAGAUGGGUAUAGGGAAAAAAUAUUUCAAGCAUUACAACCGUUAGAAAUUUUAGAUGGUUUCGAUAGAAGUGGUAAAUUAGCUGCAGAAUUCGAUAAUAAAGACGUUCCAGGUGUUGAGGAGUAUCUAGAAUAUUUAAUGUCGACCAGUUCAUCAAGUUCGGUCAAGGAAGCUGCCUUCCAAGUUAAAACGCCUAAAAUUAAUGCUGCCAUCGACAAAUUCUACCAACGAGGCACCAAAUUAAUCUCAGAAGUAGAAGACAAUAAAUUUCAAAAGGAAUAUGAUCUAAAUGAAGAUACUGACGGAAUCGAUGAUCAAUUACCUCCGGCGAUGAAGCCUCUAAUUGUUAUUAAAAAUGAGAAAAAAUCAAUUAUCUCAAAAACUAUUCGUAAAAGUAGUGAAAAUACAGCUGAAAGUACAGAUGAAAAUUAUGCUAAAUAUUGGAGUCUUCAAACAACUAGUGCAAGCGAUGAUCGGCGCAAUAACCUUCAAAGAGAGACAAGUAGCAAAGAAAAUAUCGAAAGUGAUCAUGAAAAAUUUAAUCGCCAUAUGGAGAAGAAAAAACCUUCACUAAAGAAAUCUAAUCUAAGAAAAACUAAAUCUGAGCGACUUCGACGACCUCAACCGCUCAAAAUGAAUAUUGUCCAUCUCGGAGAUAAUCGUGACUCAAUUGAUAAGGAAGGUAGCAUUCCCGCAAACAUUACAAUUUUAAAAGAAUUGGACGCAGAAAAAGAGCGUAGAUGGAAAGCCGAAAUGGCAGCCAGAAAAUUAGUGGACCACAUCCAAAAUCUGCAGAGAAAAUUAUCUGCUAGUGAGAAAACUCGCUAUCUGGCCAUUGACACAUCCGCAAAACUUCAGCGAAUUGUAGAAAAAGAACAUAACGAGAAAAUUGAAGAACAACAAAAACUUCUAGAACUGCAGUCAAAUUUAGAACAAGUACAGCAACAAUUGGAAGCCUGCAAAGCUAGUGAAGAAGAUCGUAAAAGUGAAAAAGAAAGUAUGGAAAAAGCGUAUGCAAACUUAGAGAUUAGUGCCAGAGAACAGUUUCUAGCUAAGGAUAAAGACAUCAAGGUUUUGCAGGAUAAAGUACGAGAUAUGAGCACAUUGGUAGCGGAAGCUAAUGCAGCAAAGGAUAGUUAUCAAAAAAAAUAUGCUGAAUUAGAGAAAACAAUAGUUGACCAAGCAGAAGAAAAUAGGAAGCAAAUGAGUAAGAUGAUUUCCAGGGAUAGCUCAGAAUUUCAAGAAGCCAUUAAUCGAGAAAGGGUUCACGAAAGGGAGCGCUUUGAUAUACUUGUGAAUCAAAUGCAAGAAAGGAUUGCUACACCACAUGGAAGAUAUGCAUGUAUCUUACUCUCUUGCUUAAAUCCAUUUCUUACUACCUUCAUUUCUAACGUUAAAAUUGCUAAAAUAAAUUCACGCCAACUCUUAAAAAGACUAAAAGAAAAGGAUAGAGAAAUUGCUGACCUUAAUGAAUGGAUCAAUAAAGCUGUCAGGCUAGAUGCGGAAGAAUAUGACUCGUUGUCACUACAAUUUGAACGUUGCGUAAGUGAACGUAAUAGCUUAAAAUUGGAUUACGAAAAGAAAGCGGCUUCGGAAAAUAGAUUGAAAUCAUUACUAUCAAGACUGGUUAAGAUGACAGAAGAACAACGAACUCGAUUAAACGAAGUAAAGCUACAAAAUAGUGAACUGAAAAGACGAAUGACUGAGUGCGAGAAAAGAUUUACUAGCCAAAUUAAUUUGACAACAUUAAUAGAGAAGAACUGCAAAGAGCUACAAGAGGAUAAUAUGAAGCUAACAACGAAGGUUACUCGAUUACGAGGUGAAAAUGAAGGCCUCAAAAAUGAGAAUGAACGACUGCGCAACGAAGUCGCCGACAAAGGUCAGCUAACGCGUAUGAAAUACUUUAGCUAG